ACCCGGACGCUUACGUCACACUAACACGUGAUCAAAACAGUUUUCUUGCCGCGAAAAUCUGUCGCUCGGUCUCUCCGUGUGGGAAAGUAGAAAGACGGGUCAGUCCUCCGGUUAGCGGGCGUUUUCUGGCUCCGGGAUGUUCUGUGAAAAAGCCAUUGAGCUGGUCCGGGAGCUGCAGCGGCUCCGCGACGGACAGCUGCCCGCCUUCAACGAAGAGACGCUGCGGCAAGUCCUGCAGGAGAUGGAACACUUAUAUGAACAGAACCAGAACGAUGUGAACGAGGCGAAAUCUGAAGGUCGAGCUGAUCUGAUUCCUUCUAUCAAACUGAGACACUGCAGCCUGCUGAGGAACCAACGCUGCCUCACCGCAUACCUGUACGACCGGCUGAUGAGGAUCCGGGCUCUGCGGUGGGAGUACGGCAGUGUGCUGCCCGCCAAUGUUCGAUUCCACAUGUGUGCAGAGGAGCUUCAGUGGUUCUCUCAGUAUAAAAAGUCUCUGGCCACAUUCAUGCGUUCUCUGGGUGGAGACGGUUUGGACAUCACGCAGGACGUUAAGCCCCCCAAGAGCCUCUACAUCCAGGUGCGCUGUGUGAAGGACCAUGGCGAGUUCGAGAUGGAUGACGGGACUGUGAUCCUGCUGAAGAAGAACAGCCAGCACUUCCUGCCAAGGUGGAAAUGUGAACAGCUGAUUCGUCAGGGCAUCCUGGAGCACGUGGCGUCCUGAUGGAGCACCAUCCAAUCAGAGCAGAGGAGGGCCAAAGUCACACAGGAGUGGCCUCAGAGGGUUAUCCAUUCAGAAUGAAAAACCAUUUUGGUUCAUUUUAAUUUGAAC